AUGCGGGCGCCCAAGCGAGACGACAACUCCUUCGCGGCGAUGCUCGACGAGAUGAUGGGCGAGGAGCGGAACGUCGAUCUGGACAAGGUCACCGGGAAGAAGCGCCACUUCACGGACGACAACGUGGACAAACACUACGUCGUCGGAUGCUCGCCGUAUCAGCUGUUCCGCCAUCAGGCGAAGAACGAGGGGUACCUUCCCGACGUCGCGUUGUACCGCGACAUGAUCUGCGACGACGCGCUGCGCGAGGAGUACCGAGCGCUUCCACAGGAGGAGAAGGACAGGCUCGGGUACGAGUACGACGCGUACGUCCUGCUCACCGGGAUCGUGGAGAAGUGCGACGCGCGCGUGCGAAAGGCGAGAGAGCAAGUGAGCGGGUACUCGCGGUCGAUCGCGGACCGCGUGAACGAACGCCGCGCGGGGUGGCAGUCUCGGAUCGACGCGAAGAUGCGCGCGUCCGAGACCGCGGGCGAGGCCGGGGACGUGGACGCGUGCGAGGCGCACGUCGCCGCCGCGCAGAAGCUGCGCGACGCGAUGGAGGAGGACUGCGCGUCGUUCAAGAGGGAGCUGUCGAGGUUCGACGGGUCGCAGGCGGUGUGCGAGGUCACCGGCGCCAUCAUCGCGUCGGACGCGACGGAGCAAAACGAUCGCGCGAAUCACUUCGCGGGGAAGGCGUACGUCGGGUGGAAGCGCAUCAGAGAGUUCGUGAAGGAGCUGGAGAGGAAGGGCGUGCGGCCGCCGCCUCGCGCGCGCGUCGCCGCCCCCGCCGCCGCGGAGAGGCGGGGCGGGGACGGGGGCGGGGCCGGGGACCCGCCGCCGCGCGAGGAGAGACGGCGGGAACAGCGCGGGGCGGAUCGCCGACGCGACGGCAGUCGCGAGCGCGAGCGCGGUCGAGGAUGGGGGCACGACGACAGGGACAGGGACAGGGACAGGGACAGGGACAGGGACAGGGACAGGGACAGGGAUAGGGAUUGGGAUAGGGAUAGGGAUCGACGCCGCGAACCGAGCCGCGACCGCCAGCGAGCGCGGAGCCGCGACCGGGACGCGGACUAUCGAGGGCGCGACCACCGGCACCAUCCGUACGAUCGAGACCGAGAUAGGAGGCGAUGA